AUGCAAGAAGUAAUCGACAAGCUCAAAGCUUUGCGCGCUGAACUGCAAGAUCUCGAGAAUAUUUAUGCGAAUGCGUCACAGCCUUUGCCAUCGACGCAACAGGUGCUCAAGACAGUCAAGAAGUGUUCAAAUGAUAUUGGCGAAUUCUCUAGCCUCCUUGACCCAAGUUUCAUGGGAGUGAGAGGAACGAUUCGACAACUGAAAUGGUCGACACAGAAGGAGAGAGUCAAAAGCUUUCUGUCGAGUAUCGAAUGGUAUGUCUCACUCUUCGCAGGGGCCAAGGCGAAUGACACACUCCAGCUUGCAGACGCUGCGGUAUCAAUUGGCAAGCACAUUGCAGAGGGGAUAGAUCUCGAGAGACACCGUGCUGCUAAGGAAAGACAAGCACAGGAAUGGCGGCAAUUGCUGAAUUGGCUCUCACCCUUAGACUUGCAGGAACUUGGAACGAUCCACGCCCACAAUUGCCAGACGAGGACAAUAAAAGGGUCCAGCCAUUGGAUAUGA